CUCCACCGACGACGCGCUCUCUCUAUCAUUUCUCUCUCUCUCUCUGAAUUCACAUUCUUCUGGAAAUACCCAUUUGUCAGUAAUCAGAAAAAACUCCUCAAAUCACCAAACCUUCUCACCCACCCACUGAGUGUGAGAAGUUGAAAUUCUCCGGCAAUGUUUACCGAAGGGCUUGAUGAAAGCGCCAUUGACUGGAUCAAGAAGGGAUCGGGUUCUGAACAGUAUCCAUCUCGAUCGCCGUUGUCUGAGAGGAUUGAUACAAAAUUCCAUCUCCCUAGGUCGCCAUUAGCUUACAAUUCGAGCAGUUAUGCUUCCUCCCAUGUUUUGCCUCCGUUGAAAUUUCAUUCUGGAUUGGUGAAACCCCUGAGUUCGGUGAAUUUAAGUGUCGAGAGUAACGAGGAUGAGUCCGAUUAUUACAAUGAUGACAACGAUGAUGAGGGCGAGAGCGUGGGCUCUGCUCCACACGGGAAUAACUCGGAUGAUGAUGCGGUGGAUGGGCCGGUGAUUAGGGGGUUUGAAGAGGAAAUGUUCCACUUCAGUGCUGGAAACAGGUUGAAUGGUGGUAAGCAUAAGUCUACUAUUAAGAGAGGGCAGUUGCAAGAGGAUCUUCGGGUUGAAGUUCCGGGGGGUGUGAGGAGAUUCACGGAUGGGGAAUGGGGUUCGAGGGGAUAUGGUCCGAGCAGUGCAGUUUCGGCUGGAAGUUGCCGGUUGAAUGAUAGAAAGGAUACUAACAGUGCUUAUGGUACUCCCAUUGGCAGAUUGAGUGAAAAUGUUGAUCUUGGUACUCCUAGUGCACCACCCUUCAUGGAUAUUGGGCAUGCUCAUGACUGUGAGACCGGAAGCGAGAAAAGCAUUGAUGGCCAAUGCCAAGAACUGCAGCAGGGUAUUUGUGGUGAUAAAGGAUUUGCAGAGGAAAGUAACAAAUCAGUGAAGACGGAAGCGGACCACAGGGAUAGCAAAAAAUUACUUGGGGAAAAUGAACAUCCGGUUCCUGUCUGGCAGGCAAAUUCCGUUAACCACAUACCAUACUACUGUGCCAGCAGUCAAAAUGCAUAUCAAGCACUUGUUGCUUAUGAUGCCUGUGUUCGUUUAUGUCUAAAUUCAUGGGCGAGAGGUUGUGCUGAGGCACCAGAAUUUCUGCGAGAUGAGUGCCUGCUUCUUCGCAAUGCUUUUGGACUACACAAACUCUUGCUUCAACCUCGAGGCGUACAGCACGCAGACAUGAACGAGAAGACCACCGAACAAGCAAUGGCCUCAAAAGUCAAGCGGACAGUUGGGAAGAUUUGUGUGGAAGUGAAAAAGCUCCGUAUAAUUCCGAGAAGAAAGUUAAAGAACACAAAAUCAAUGAGAACUGCUAUUUACUUGCAAGCUGGAGCUGAGUAUGUCCGUCAUGUUUCCUCAAUCGUAAAACACAGAAUCAACACACUUAAAUUCAGCCCCUUGUCGUUUCCAUCUGAAGAAACAUUAUCGUGUGUGAUUCAACUAAAGAGUUCUGCUGAAGAGAAUGAAGCUGAAGCAGGUUCUGCCAUCUCACUUCGGCCCGGAGGUGGUGAAUAUCAUGAAUUUUUUCCCGAGAGCCAAGGGGAUGCACUUUUACUCGAAGUUCAAGAUGUAAUGAAAAAUGUUCAAGGCUGCGCUACAAUUCCGAUUUCUUCGCUGUCUGAUAAUCCUAAUGAAAGAGUUCGGUGGUGGCCAAUCUAUCACAGUGAUCAAGAAUGUGUCGGUAAGGUCUUGCUCUCCAUUGGAAGCACAUUUACAAGUGACGAGACAGUGCUUAUGAAGAGUGGAUCUAUUGUGGAGACCCUAGCAUAUGAUCUGCUGCUGGAGGCUGCCAUGCGCGCUCAACAGUUUCAUGCACGGAAUUUACGCAUAAAUGGGCCUUGGAAGUGGAUCCUGGCAGAAUUCUCGGAAUAUUAUGGAGUGUCCGACUCAUAUACUAAACUGAGAUACCUCUCGUAUGUCAUGAAUGUUGCCACUCCUACGAAAGAUUGCUUAGAGGUUUUGCAUGAGUUGCUCGUCCCAGUCCUGAAGGCACGAAGCGACAGAAAUUUAACAAGACAAGAGAAAAGCAUCUUAUUGGAUUGUGAGACACAAGUCGAAAGGCUCUUGGCUACGGCCUUCCAGAAUUACAAGUCACUCGAUGAUAAUUCUCCAACCGGCUUAGCAGAUGCUUCGGCUCCAGCAUCUGAAACUGCAUCGCCGGCACUAGCUCCUGCUGUGCAACUUUAUACCUUGCUACAUGACAUACUUGCUCAAGAUGCUCAGACUACGAUGCGAAACUAUCUAAAGACUGCAGCAACGAAAAGAUGCCGUAGACACAUGCUGGAGACUGAUGAGUUUGUGUCGGGCAACUCAGAGGGUUUUGUUAUGGACUCAGAUACGAUCACCAAAGCUUAUUCGAAGAUGAAGAAUCUUUGCAUUAACAUUAGCAAUGAAAUCCAGACUGAUCUUAAAAUCCAUAAUCUGCAUAUAUUUCCCAGUUCGAUAGAAUUGUCUGCCAUAACCGCAGCAGUUUACAGCACUGAGUUGAGCAAGAGACUGGGAUGCUUCCUUGCUAUGUGGCCCCCAUCAAGUCCCCUGCCGCAUGUGAAUGACCUCUUGAUAGCUAUGUCGGACUUUGAGAGAAAUCUCGAAUCAUGGAAUAUCAGCAUUGUCGAAGGUGGCGUUGACUCCAGAAACUUGUACCACGGUUACAUCAUGGUUUGGAUACAAGAUUUACAACUUACGUUGCUCGAUCUUUGCAAAGCAGAAAAGGUUCCAUGGGGAGUAUUUACCAAAUACUCAACGUCUCCUUUUGCUGAGGAUAUGUUCGAGAAGUUGGAGAGAAUGCUUAGUGAGUAUGAAGUCGUUAUCAAUCGAUGGCCUCAAUACACACUAAUUUUGGAAAAUGCUGCUGCAAAUGUGGAAAGGGCGAUAAUUAAAGCGAUGGAGAGGCAAUACCACGACAUUUUAACCCCUCUCCGCGAUAGCAUACCAAAGAGGCUCGGUAUGCAGGUCCAGAAAUUGGCGAGGAGGCAAUCAACGGCUCACUACGCCAUUCCUAGCCAGCUUGGAAUAUUUCUGAACACGAUCAAGAGAAUUUUGGACGUUCUACAUUGUAGGAUCGAGGACAAACUGAAGUCAUGGGCUUCCUAUCUGCCCGCGAAUGGAGACAGUAAAACUAGCUUUGGAGAGCAGAUGAACACUAUAACUGUUCUUCUGCGAACCAAAUAUAAGAACUACAUCCAAGCCAUCGUGGUCAAGCUUGCUGGCAACAUGCAAGCGAACAAGAGCACCCGGCUUCAGAGGAUCUUGGAAGAAACAAAGGAAGCUGACGGGGAAGCUCAGAUUCGGGAGAGGAUGCAACUUCUGUGCACACAGCUCACUGAUUGCAUCUCCAAGCUGCACGAAACUUUUACAAGCCAAAUAUUCGUUGCAAUCACCCGCGCUUCCUGGGACAAAAUGGGACAAAUUGUGUUGAAGUUCCUGGAAGGCAGGAAGGAAAACCGGGUAUGGUAUACCGGAUCAUAUCACGCCCUCGGGAUUGUGGAUGAUACAUAUGCAUCUCAGAUGCAGAGAUUGCUGGGAAAUGCGUUGCACGAGAAAGAUUUGGAGGCUCCUCGUUCCAUUACAGAAGCUCGGUCGAUUUUGUCAAGAGACACAACAAACAGAAUCGACUCUUCCUCUUAUAUAUACUUCUAGAGGCUGCAAAUAUAUAUACAUAUACGUGUAAUUUUUUGUAAAAUCAUUCUUUCAGAGCUGUGUAAUAAUAUGAUGAUACUACUCAUUUUAACAUUUUGUAUACAUUUCAAUUCAUUUUUUGAUUUA